ACUACGUCAUGACGUACGGAAGCGUCUCCGCGGAGAGGGAGACGGUAAAGAGAAGUUCGGCACGAGCGACUUUCUUCUUCUUUCUUCUUUUCUUCUUCGUCUGUUGGUCUGCGCUCAGCUCGGAGGGUCGGACUCCGGAGACGGAAGAGUCCAGCAGAGUCCAGAGGAGUCCAGCAGAGUCCAGCAGAGUCCAGGAGAGUCCAGACAUGGACCAGACCAUGGGGACCGACCACGCCCACCACCACCAUCAUCAAACCAUGCCCCCGCCCACAACCAGCGGACAUGACCACGGAGGAGGACACGGAGGAGGAGAGCACGAAGGACACGGAGGGAUGGCGAUGACCUUCUACUUUGGCUAUGAGAACGUGGAGCUGCUGUUCACCGGUCUGCUCAUCAACUCACCUGGAGAGAUGGUGGGGGCGUGUAUCGGUGUCUUCCUAUUGGCCGUCCUGUACGAGGGGCUGAAGAUGGGCCGUGAGGCGCUGCUGCGCCGCAGUCAGGUCAACGUCCGCUACAACUCCAUGCCUCUGCCCGGGGCCGAUGGGACGGUCCUGAUGGAGACGCACAAGACUGUCGGACAGCGGAUGCUAAGCCCCGCCCACUUCCUGCAGACCUUCCUCCACAUCGUCCAGGUGGUCGUCAGCUACUUCCUGAUGCUGGUCUUCAUGACCUAUAACGCCUACCUCUGCAUCGCCGUGGCGGCGGGCGCGGGCAUGGGCUACUUCCUGUUUAGCUGGCGAAAGGCGGUGGUCGUGGACAUCACAGAACACUGCCAUUAGCCGCUAGCUAGCCACCGUUAGCUAGCAUCUGUAGUUUUGAUUUCUGCUGAUCACAAUCAAUAAAGGCUAACUCACCUGUCCACUCUAUGUUAGCGUGCUAGCUAACCAGUGUUAGCACUAGAGGACGACACUAAGGUAACCAUGGUAACAGCCUGCUGUAGGUUAAUGUGCACACUAACGUCUGUAGUUAGCAAUGGUUUAAUGAAUCUCCACCGGCCAAUCACAGUUCAGAUCAGCUCAGAGGACUCUGAUUGGCCAAAAUCUCCUUUUUGUUUAUUUGUAACUUUAGUGCCAUAACACCUGAGGGCUAGCACUGCUAGCUCAGACAUUAGCACACUUAGAAUUCAUUCAUUUAUCAGUUAGCUUUGUUAGCAUGUAGCUAAAGAGACCCUUCAAAAUAAAACGCCAACAUUUAUCUACAAAAUAAAACAUUUAAAGUUUCGUUUUGACAGAAAUGAAGUUUUUUUAAGUUUUUGUUUCUACUUUUUUAUGUUUGUGAGCCAAUCAGAGCUCAGAGGUUUUUCAGAAUAAAACCCGUUUCCUCUUUGAAUAUAAACAUAAAAAUAAAGAUUUAAACCAUGAACAGCGUCUCCACCGCCGGCCUUAAGCCACGCCUCCUGCCUUAACCACCUGUGAACUCGGGAGGUGAAAGGAAGUUUUAUUUUGAAAGUUUAAAGCCUCCUGAUCCGCGCCCUCUACUGGUGUGUUUGUGAAUAGUGGCGAUUUAUUGGUUCACUCUGACAGGUGGGCGGAGUUUACUCACUGGACCAAUCAGGUUGCAGGGACAGAUCUGUUUCUGGAGUUUUAUUGUGAAAUUAUUUGUUGAGGUUUUCCUGUUAAAGAGAGCACAGCGACACCAAGUGGACAGACGUGCUCUACUGUGGGCCUGUCAGUGUGAUGUCAUCGUGAUGUCAUCGUGAUGUCAUUGUCCGUUGAUGUAAAUGAAGGAAACUGUCUUUAUAAUGUCGAAAAAUGCUGGAAUCAUUAAAAGAUGAAUAAAGUUUAUGAAGAAAA